AUGGCCGUGGCGGCCUCCAGGGGCCUGGGCCCGGCCUCCAGGGGCCUGGGCCCGGCCUCCCUGUCCCGGUUCCGGGGGGCGCUGGUGGCCGCGGUGCUGGGGGACUGCGUCGGUGGGGAGUUUGAGGGAGCGGAGGAGGUUCCCAUGGAGAGCGUCCUGAAGAAGCUGGCCUCCCCCCAGCUGCAGGACGUGUUCCAGCCCGCCCGGGACCAGUUCAGCGGCCGCGGCUCCUUCGGGAACGGAGGCGCCAUGCGGGCCGCGCCGUUCGCGUUAGCCUUCCCCAAAUUAGCCGACGUUAAACGGUUUUCCCACCUGGGGGCGCUGCUCACCCACUCCUGCUCUCUGGGCUACAACGGCGCGGUGCUGCAGGCCCUGGCCGUGCACCUGGCCCUGCAGGGGGCGCUAGACCUGCCCCAGCAGUUCAUCGGCCGCCUCAUCGCGGAGAUGGAGGAG